UUGAGUUAUUUUUUUUACAAAUAAAUUCAUCAUUUAAUCAAUAAUUAAGUCACUGACUGUUUCAGCCCUAAUUUACUUUCAGAUCACACACUUGGCUCUUGUGUGGCACCCAGCACUUAGCACUCUUGGUUGGUUGUUGUGUGCUGCCAUGGUGGAAAACCAAUAAGAGGACUGAAUAAUGGUGUGUGUGUGUGUGUGUGAUCCAAUAUGGCGCCGCAUAUGGAUGCCCUGGUGCUUCAGUGCGUUACUUCUGUUUUGUUUUUGUGCAUAACUUGUGUGUCUAAGCACUCCUCUGGAUAUUCUUACACCAGAGAAGAGCUUUUUAACUACAGGACUACAACACCUGUGGAUUUACUUCCAAUAUUUGUCGCAUCUGCGGCAGAUUUACUGCAGACUUUGACCAGGAAAGUGAGACGCCGAAGGAGAGGAAAGCGAGCCGGCGCACUCGUGCGUCUGCGAACUGCUCUUCCUGGGAUCUUCCUUUCCAACGUAUGCUCACUCAGGAAUAAGAUGGACGAGCUGCCCCUGAUGAGAAGCAUGAACAGAGACUUUGCCUCCUCCUGUGUCUUAUGUUUUACGGAGUCGUGGCUCUGUGAGGACAUCCCGGACUGCGCGCUCAAGCUGGAGGGUUUUCAUCUGCUGCGCGCGGACCGGCAGGCCUCUCUCUCUGGCAAGACCACAGGUGGAGGUGUCUGCUUCUACAUUAAUAGUGGCUGGUGCACAGAUGUAACAGUGAUUGCUCAGCACUGCUCUUCCUCUCUGGAAUACCUUUUUAUUCACUGCAAACCGUUUUAUUCUCCGCGGGAGUUUGCUUCAUUCAUCUUGGCCGCUGUUUACAUCCCGCCAGAUGCGGAUGUGCAGGCAGCUCAGUGCGCACUCGCGGAGCAGAUACUGCACAUGGAGCGGACAUUCCCGGACUCUCUCAUUAUUGCUCUUGGGGACUUUAACAAAGUCAAUCUGAGCCAAGAGCUUCCCAAAUACAAGCAGUAUAUUAAAUACCCGACCAUAGAGGAGAGGACAUUGGACCAUUGUUACAGCACGAUCAGCGGGGCCUAUCGUGCGGUGCUCCGCGCUUCACUCGGACUUUCUGACCAUGUCAUGGUCCACCUGAUCCCCGCGUACAGACAGAGGCUGAAGCUCUCCAAACCUGUCGUGAGGACUAAAAAACUGUGGAGCAACAAGGCUGUGGAGGAGCUUCACACGUGUUUGGAGUCUACAGACUGGGACACAAUGAAGGCUGCUUCUAACAGCUGGGAUGAGUUUACGGACACUGUCACCUCCUAUGUCCACUUCUGCGAGGACAGCAUUGUGCCAUCAUGCACCAGGGUGAGUUAUAACAAUGACAAACCCUGGUUUAUUCCUAAACUCAAAAAGCUGUGGCUGGAAAGGAGAAAGGCGUUCAGAAGCGGAGACAGGGAGUGCUACAGAGAGGCCAAGUACAGGUUCACUAAAGAAGUGGACAUUGCUAAACAUCAGCACUCUGAGAAGAUGCAGCAGCAGAUUUCAGAGAAUGACUCGGCCUCUGUGUGGAAAAGUUUUAGGAAUAUUACCAACUACAAGCCUAAAACCCCCCACUCCACUGAUGACUUGCUCUUGGCCAACACCCUUAACGACUUUUACUGCCAUUUUGACGACCCAUCGAGCAGCCUUCACACCUUCAACGGCCCCAACAAUAGAGACACUUUGGACACUCAUUCCCCCACCUCUCCCCCCUCCAUAGAGCCAUCACCACCAUCAAAAACUUCACCUACAACACCUCCCUCCACACCCCACACCAAGGAGGAUUUCACACCACCUUCUCCCACCACAACUCUUCAUAUUCAUGAAGCAGAUGUGAGGAAGCAGUUCAAGAGUCUGAAUGGUCGAAAAGCUCCUGGCCCAGACGGUGUGUCUCCUGACACCCUCAGCCACUGUGCAAACGAGCUGGCCCCAGUGUUUUCUGGCAUUUUCAACUCCUCACUGCAGGCAUGUCAUGUGCCUGCCUGCUUCAAGUCCUCUACCAUAGUCCCUGUCCCUGAGAAACCAAGAAUUUAUUUUUUAUGUUUUUUGUUUUUUUAAUUUUUGCUAUUUUUACAUGAACAGGCAGAAGAGAGAACAUGCAAAGCUGGAGAGAUCACAUAUGCCACUCAUGCCAUUAUAUUAACAACUAUUGAUUCUGUUUUCACACAAUUUUUUAUAAAUUAAACAGACUUGUUUUUCCAUAUAUUGUGAAUGUGUGUCUUUCAUAUUUGCAGGUCAGUCAAUGUGUGGGAUAUUUUGUAUAGAUACAGCAGGCAUUUUUGAGGGUUGUAACACAGAUUUUUCUCUUGCCUUGGAU